CUGGUGUCGUUAUUCGAUUGCGUCUUGCACCGCUUCAAUGGCGGCAGAGCAUCCCGAAUUACGCAACCUCGUCAGCAUGGGAAAAAAAGCUGCUUGGGUCCGUCACCGGUGCGUGCGCGUUCUUCUCGGCCCACUUUUCCCCUCCAUGAACUCAAUCGACUCGCCUGAACACCUCAACAUCGAUGAUUUUCGCGACAAAGCACGCAAAAUAGGGGCCGCGUUAGUAAAUAAGAAGAACAUGAUGAUGGGUAAAUAUACCUACAAAAAAUCCACGCACAGCGGAAGCGGGACGAGCUGCAAACAGACACCAGUCCUUGAGAAGACAGGAGCCAAACAAGAUCGAAAAAGCGUCUCAUCGUUUGCCGAUUUCAAAGCCAAAGGUAACCAGUUGUUCCAAAAGCGGCACUUCACCGAUGCAGCAGACCAGUUUCAUCUAGGACAGCAGUGUUUCUCAAAAAUUACUAAUCCCACCUUCGCGGAGGUUUUUGAUGGAGUUGCCUGCUCCGCAAACGCUGCCAACGCAUACUUACACGGCAACGCUUACAUCGGGAAAAAUGAAGUGAAGCCGAACUGCUACAACACUACAAGAACAUGGCAAAAUAAGCAGCCGAAGAUGAAUAUAACGAUGUUUGACAUGAAGGCCCAUGAAGCCGCGACCACUGCAAUUGACACGGCCGACAAGUACUUGAAUCUCUGGGCAAGAGAGACUUCCACUAAGGACAAGGAGAACAUUUCUGUCCCGACAGAAAGCGACAUUUCCCGACUUGAAACCCUCAAGAUGAAAGCAUUGUUCCGCAGAGGGCAGGCGACACUCGGAAUGAAAGAGGCCGUCUCCGAUCUAAAAAUGGCGGACGAGAUUGCGCAGGGAGAGGACACGAAAGUACAGGAUAUGCUCCGCCUUGCAGAAGAAAUGGAGGAGGUUAAUAGACCACUCUGAAGAAAGAAGUGAAAGGCUAUCUAGUGGUAGUUAUGCUCAACAUACGUGCUUGCAAGAAAUUGAAAAGCAAAUUUGAUGUUAUUGUCUUAUAUAUAACGACCUCCAUGACCAUGACCAUGUCCAUCUCACUGCGUCACCUUCGCCACGAUUAAGAAAGAUGACAAAAAGAAUUCAGCUUAUAAAUUGCUAUCCAGGGUCUUACUUUGUUUCCAUUGUUGUAUCAAACAUGAUGAUGAUCUUGUGUUGAUGGUCCUUGUCUAUUCCCAUAAUACAAAAACGCGCUUCACGACUUUCAGCAAGUGCUUUACUUUGAUAUAAAAAUAUGCAGCAAAUAAACAAACAGCCGCGAGAGCAAUAUGCUUCUGCUUUACGAAAAAUGAAAAGAACUGAAGAGUCUUGCCACAUUGCCACAGUGCCUCAUUCUUCUGAUCGAUGUUAUCCAGGACCUGGUGGCACAUGUAAAAUUGAUGACUUCUCUCACGAUGGAAUUACUACGUAGUCAUAUUUAUUAGACAUACUUGUUUCCACAUCAACUUUUCGAGCUCAUUUUAUGACGACGAGUCGAUCCUUGCUCAAAGUUUUGGGCCUCAUUCUUCUCCUACCCGAUUCUCGCGUUCGCUCAUACACUUCUACUUGGGCCUCAUUCCGAUCUAUUGCUCAAAUGCUUGAGCCUCAUUCUCAUUUGUCAACAGCUUUCAUGUAGGACACGCACGCAUGUUAAGAUAAGCAAGAAAAGAGAACAAAUUCUGUAAACAUCAACCGUGCAAACAAGUGAUGGGUGGAAAGCGAAUCUGCUUGUUUUUGGUGGAGCUUGAUCAUGCCUGACGAUUCCGAAUCUUGACUCACAUAAACAUGCUGUCAUAC